CAAACUGUCCCAAACUGCGUUGUGUUGUGUCCAAAAGUCAUGUCCUGGAAAUAUUCUCGUUAGUUGGCGUGCUCUCUCUCCUCUCUUUCUCUCUCUGUCUCUCUCACACUUCGGUAUAUCCUUCCGGAAUCUCGUCUUAUCCCCCAUCCCCCACCUCCUCCUCCUCCUUCUUCUUCUUCUUCUUCUUCAAUUCAUUUCCAAAAAUAUCACUCUGUCUUCUCUCUCUCUCUCCUCCAAGUCUGAACCAUGGCGCGCACAGGCACAGCUCCAAUUCUUCACAACAACAAACUUCUCUUCACCUUCCACACCAAACCAACCCCUCAAUCCCUCUUCAACUCUCACUACUACUCUCUCCACUCCACAAAGCCUCUCACUUCUGUCUCUUUCUCUCUCUUCUCUCCAUCCCCAUCCCCAUCAUCCUCUUCACACCCCUGUUUUCGAAUCACCCGUGUCUCCACCGCCCCUGUCGAGUACGCCCCUGACUUCGAUUUCCACAGAGAAAUCGCUCGCCUCCAAUCUCUCCGAUCUCAGCUCUCCAACUCCACAACCCUAGACGAUAAGCUCCGAGUCAUUGACACUGAUUCCAGAGUGAAGCGCUUCUUUGGGGCGCACAAAAAUGGGGUUUCUAGGGUUUUUGAGUCUCUUAAUUUGGACGAGUAUGAACUGUUUUUGCUCAAAUGUGUCAUUGCCGCGGGGCAAGAGCAGGUUCUGGGUUCGGUUGAGGUGGCGUCGUCGGCCAGAGGACCUUUAAAGAGUGCUCUGUAUGGUUUGGUUGAAAUGAUUGAGAAGUUGGGUGUCAAUAGUGGGGAUGGAUUGGUGAAGAAGGUUGAGGGUGAAGAGAUUGGGGCAUUGAGAAUAUUGCUCAAGACACUCGGAGAGAUGGAACAAUUCUAUGACUGCAUUGGAGGAAUCAUUGGAUAUCAGAUAGCAGUACUAGAGCUUCUUGUUCAGUCAACAUAUGAACGACAGACAAUAAACUGGUCCCAGAGCAUCAAUGAAUCAAUGGAAUGCCAAUUCUUGGAAAUUCAUUCUCCCAGUGUACUUGACCUUUCACAAGAUACAGAAUAUGCAUCUCAAGCAGCCCUAUGGGGAAUCGAGGGUUUACCAGACCUAGGUGAAAUUUAUCCUCUUGGAGGUUCUGCAGACAGGCUUGGUUUGGUUGACCCUGACACAGGUGAAUGUCUCCCUGCUGCAAUGCUUCCUUAUUGUGGACGGACUUUAUUGGAAGGUCUUAUAAGAGAUCUUCAGGCUAGAGAAUUCUUGUAUUUCAAGUUGUAUGGAAAACAGUGCAUUACGCCUGUUGCAAUUAUGACGAGCUCGGCAAAGAACAACCAUGAACGCAUCACAUCACUUUGUGAAAGACUUGGAUGGUUUGGAAGAGGUCGAUCACAUUUCAAACUUUUUGAACAGCCUCUUGUUCCAGCUGUUAGUGCAGAAGAUGGUCAAUGGCUGGUCACCAGACAAUUCAUGCCUGUUUGCAAGCCUGGUGGUCAUGGUGUGAUAUGGAAACUUGCAUAUGAUAAAGGCAUUUUUCAUUGGUUUUAUGACCAUGGAAGAAAAGGCGCAACUGUCAGACAAGUCAGUAAUGUUGUGGCGGCUACAGAUUUGACCCUCAUGGCAUUGGCGGGGAUUGGUCUACACCAUGGAAAGAAACUGGGGUUUGCGUCCUGUAAGCGGAACGUGGGGGCUACAGAAGGAAUAAAUGUUUUAGUUGAGAAAAAAAAUCUUGAUGGAAUGUGGGCAUAUGGUUUAUCAUGCAUUGAGUACACUGAGUUUGACAAGUUUGGGAUCACUGUUGAACCUCUUUCUCCUAAUAGUUUGCAGGCAGAGUUCCCUGCCAAUACAAACAUUCUAUAUGUGGAUUUACCUUCUGCAGAGCUUAUUGGAUCAAGCAAUAGUGAAACCAGUUUGCCAGGCAUGGUGCUCAAUAUAAAGAAGCCAAUUACAUACAUGGAUCAGUUUGGAAUCCAGCAUUGUGUCUUUGGUGGACGGCUGGAAUGCACAAUGCAAAACAUGGCUGAUAAUUUUUUCAGUACACAUUCAUCUCGAUGUUAUAAAGGUGUAGAAGCAGAUGUGCUGGAUACUUUUAUUGUGUAUAAUGAGCGAAGGAAGGUCACAUCAUCUGCUAAGAGGAAAAGAAGACAUGCUGACAAGUCUUUGCACCAGACUCCAGAAGGUUCACUGUUGGAUAUUAUACGCAAUGCCUAUGAUCUUCUUUCUCACUGUGAUAUAAAAAUUCCUAAGAUUGAAGGUAAUGACAAAUAUGUUGAUUCUGGACCCCCAUAUCUCAUCUUCCUUCAUCCUGCUUUGGGCCCACUGUGGGAAGUCACCAGACAAAAAUUUCGUGGAGGUUCCAUUUCCGAGGGUUCCGAGUUACAAAUAGAGGUUGCUGAAUUCUCGUGGAGAAAUGUUCAGCUCCAUGGAAGUUUGAUAGUUGUGGCUGAAAAUAUCCUGGGCUCAACUAGGAUUGAUGAAAAUGGUGAGCUCAAACUAAGAUAUGGGCACAGGUGUGGAAGAUGUAAGUUACAGAAUGUCAAAGUACUGAAUGAAGGAAUUGAUUGGACUUCAGGAAACAACACAUACUGGAAGCAUGAUGUACAGCGGUUUGAGGCAUUAAAGGUCAUACUGCAUGGAAAUGCUGAAUUUGAAGCAACAGAUGUUGUCUUUCAGGGCAAUCAUGUCUUUGAAGUCCCACAUGGCUACAAAUUGAAGAUCACAUCUGGAAAUUCAGGUUUUUAAUUUGAGGCUUCGUAGAACAUUUAAACCUUAUUGAAGAGAAAUUGAUGGAUUUGGGAAGCUGGUUCUGGAGCUACAAAAUAAAUGGAACACACAUUCAAUUGGAAUUGGUGGAGCUGUAGAAGACUAACCAGAUCUGUGACCUUGCCUUAUGUGAACUGUGGUUCACAAAAGUACCCAGAGCUCACUACCAAUUUAUCGGGGUUGAUUCAUUCUUGGUUGAACCGAAGUUCAACCCUCUCUUACUCUCAGAUCUUUAUUGUAAUAGUAUGUUAAUUGAGAGCCUAGUAAGACUAAAAGUUUCCCGGCUGCAGCUCAUGUAACUUAGAUGUAAAUUAAGUGUAAAGACAGCGUAAUAGAAGAUAUAAAUUUAAUGUUUCUAUCUAGAUGGCCGACUUUAUCAUGUAGAUGGUGAAUUUUCUUUCUGCUGCAAAAGGUCUUUGCUUCUUGGUUGUAAUUUAUUAUUUUUGGAUCUUGAUUCAAUCAUUUAUUAAAAUGACUGGAGUUGAUGCUAUUUCUCUAUCA